AUGGAACCUCCACAACCAAAGGAGGAUGACUUCGCAUACUGGAAAUACCACCCAUCAGGAAGGUAUACAGUUAAAUCAGGUUAUUACUAUCUGUCAAAGAAUGUUGGGUUAGAAGAGUCAAGCUUUGUGGCAAGGGACCAGCUUUUCGUCAAAUUGAUAUGGCGAAUGCAGAUCCAACCAAAAUGGAAGUGGUUUCUAUGGAGGCUAUUCCAUGAUGGGAUUGCAGUGAAGACUAACCUGGCUAGGAGGGGCGUUCCAACCGAUACGGUAUUUGAUUACUGUAGGAAUGGAGAUGAGGACAACCAAAAUUUAUUUAGAUUUUGUAUUCAGGCAAGAGAUAUCUGGGAUAACAGCUCCCUGAAUAUUUUCCAUGACUCUACUGAUUCUUCUUCAUUACGGAGAUGGAUUCAGCAUCAUAUCCUGCUUUUUCAUAGCGAGGAUGGGAGACUUGGGAAUAAGUAUGUUUUGUUUAUAGCUACCUUGUGGGGUCUGUGGAACUCAAGAAAUGAAAGAUGUUUCAGAGGAAUGGUGGGGACUACGAGCCGGGUGAGAGAAAUCAUAAACCUGGCUUUAAAGGACCAUGAGAUUUUUCUGAACCAAGAUUCUAUGAUUUCUGAGCAUGAAGGUACGAAUGAAGGGAAUAGUAGUUGGCCUCCGGGGUUCUUUCACGUCCAACUAGGUAAGGAAAAGAAAGGGUUCGAUGGCUUCAUUGUGGAAGUAGAUGGUUCCUGGGAUAAAAAUACUACGAGGGCAGGAAUUGGAUGGGUCGUUAAGGCUGAUAACCAUGCUCUAGGGCGGGAGGAAGGUGGAAAAUAG